AUGGAUGAACGGACACAACAAAAAUUGAAUGAAGAGAAUUUCACUGAAGAAGAGAAAAAAGUGCUGAUCGACGCAAAUACUCGAAAAGAAUGGGAAUCUACGGGACAAUGGAUGAAGCGAAAAGAAUUUCUGUUGAAAAUGUUAAAUUAUCAUAAACAGAAUAACUUAAAAAUUGAUGUUGAUAAGUUUUCCAAAAUGGGCCAUAUGUAUUACAACAUGAAAUACUUAAGCUGUACAUAUAGUUCGCAAGUGGUUGAACAAAUGCGUAUGUAUGAAGAUAGUUAA